GUAGGUACAGUGUUUGUUUAAUUCCUCAGUAAAAUCUUUGAGGAAUUUAUGUGCAGUGUGGAAUAGACACUUGAGUAUUUUAUUGUGUUUUGUUUUUUGUGAAUAGAAACACAAUAUAGACUAGAGGUGUUUUAGGGGGAGGUUUUUUUUUUGUGAGGGGACUAUUUUUAUUGUUAAUAAUGACAAUUAUUAAUAAGAAACAUUACACGGUUUUUACUGUGUAUUUGUUAAUAUCGACAUGUUUCGCGUGGGAAAAUUUACCACAAAUUCCUACCGGACGACGAACACAAUUUGUUUUAAUUGAGGGCGAUGGAUCGUAUAGAUAUGGAUAUGACACGGGUAUAGAUUCUGCUGCCAAACAAGGUGCUGAUGCUUCUAAUCAAGUUGAAGGGCAUUACUUUUACACAGCACCAACUGGACAAAAGAUUGAUUUGAAAUAUACAGCUGGUGUGCAAGGUUUUGUACCAGAAGGCUUAGAUACAUUACAAAAUUCACUUGGUGCUGGAGCCUAUGUACCAGCAGCCAUUCCAAUAUUACCAAAUAUUGGUGGCCAAGGUUCUCAAGAUGAUCUUUCUAAUACCGGUGAUGCAUCAUACGCAUUCAGCUAUGACGCUGGCGAUUCAAGACGUCAAGAAAGUUCAGAUGCUGCUGGAAAUGUACAAGGAAGUUAUUCAUAUAGUAAUGCAGCUGGUUCACAUGAUUUAUCAUACAUUGCUGGCUCGCGAACUGGUUUUGUAGCUACUGGUGGUUCAUUAGCUGUACCAAACGGUUUAGGUCAAGCCGGCCCAGGAGCACCAGCAGUUCCAUUACCAAUUAUUCCAAUUACGCCAAAUAUCGGCUCAGGUGCAUCAGUGCCAGGAGUUCCAAUUCAAUCCACCGGACCAAAUCCAGAUGGUUCAUAUUCUUUCAGCUACAAUGCCGGUGAUUCAACUAGACAAGAAAGUGGUAAUGCUAAUGGAAAUGUGCAAGGAAGCUAUUCAUUCCGUAAUGAAGCUGGAAAUAAUGAUUUAUCAUACAUUGCCGGAGCUGAAACUGGCUUUGUACCAACUGGUGGAUCUUUAGCUACUCCUAAUGGAUUAGGACAAGCUGGACCAGGAGCUCCAGCACUUCCAUUACCAGUAUUACCAAUCACUCCAAACGUUGGAGCAGGGGCAUCAGUACCAGGAGUUCCAAUUCAAUCAACUGGGCCAAAUCCAGAUGGGUCAUAUUCAUUCAGCUAUAACGCUGGAGACUCAACUCGACAGGAAAGCGGUGAUGCUAAUGGAAAUGUUCAAGGAAGCUAUUCAUUCCGAAAUGAAGCUGGAAAUAACGAUUUGGCGUAUAUUGCUGGUGCUGAAACUGGUUUUGUCGCUACUGGUGGAUCUUUAGCUACACCUAAUGGUUUAGGAAAUGUAGGUCCAUCUGGAGCUAUUCCAGCUGCUACACCAAACGUUGCUACGCUUGGUGGUGCUGCACCUGAAGCAGGUGAUGAUGGUGAUGAUGGCAGCUAUAAAGGAUCAACUCCUGAAGUGGGAGACAGUGGAGACGAUGGAAGCUAUAAACCAUCAACUGUUGAUGCAGGUGACAGUGGAAGCGAUGAUGGAAGUUAUCGUCCAUCAACUAUCGAUGAAUCAGGUGUUCAGGUAGUAGAGGAUGGAAGAUACACUCCAUCAGGUAAUGAACCUGGUGAUGAUGGAGAUGAUGGAAGUUAUAAACCUUCAACUGUCGACAUUAGUCCUCCAGGAAAUGAUGGAAGCUAUACACCAAGCGCCGAUGAAAACGUGCAAGGUCCCAUUGGUCCUUCAACAGCAGAAGCAGGAGACGAUGGUGAUGAUGGCAGUUAUAAACCUUCAACUGUCGAUAUUAGUCCUCCAGGAGAUGAUGGAAGCUAUACACCAAGCGCUGAUGAAAACGGGCAAACUCCGAUCGACAAUGGAGAUAUACAACGUACAAACACUCAAGCUAAUACCGGUGAUGCUAGUUACAGUUUUUCGAUUGACACAGAUGAUUAUAAACGACAAGAAUCUGGAGAUGCCAAUGGAAAUGUUCAAGGAAGUUUUUCAUAUAGAAAUUCAGUAGGAACACAUGAUUUACAAUUUGUGGCUGGAUCUGAAACUGGUUUCCAACCAACUGGUGGUUCUUUAUCAGUUCCUCCUGGUCUCACCGAAGAUCAGUUAAGAGCUGGUGAAGCUGCAGCUAGAGCAGCUGCAGGUGCAUCUCCUCCUGCAAUCGGCGGUGGUGGAGCUGUAUUUCCACCAGUAAUUCCAAUUAAUCCAAAUGUACCAAGCACAAAUUCAUUAGAUGGCUCUGAAGAUGACCAAGCAAAUACUGGAGAUGCUAGUUAUAGUUUUACGAUCGAUACAGAUGACUACAAACGACAAGAAUCGUCAGAUGCUGCUGGAAACGUACAAGGCAGCUUUUUAUACAAAAACGCGGUAGGAACACACGAUCUACAAUUCGUUGCAGGUUCUGCUACUGGGUUCCAACCAACUGGUGGAUCUCUUUCAGUUCCUCCAGGUUUAACAGAAGAACAACUAAAUCAAGGCGCUGCUAUUGCACGAGCUGGAGCAGGUGCAGGAAGUGGAGCACCACUAAUUCCAGUACCUGGUGGAGCUGCUGGAGGUGAUCAAGCCAAUACCGGUGAUGCUAGUUAUAGUUUUACAAUUAAUACCGAUACAUACCAACGAUCUGAGUCUUCAGAUGCUACUGGAAAUGUACAAGGUACCUACGCCUAUCAAAAUUCAGUUGGAAAUCAUGAUUUAAGUUUCGUAGCUGGUUCGGCAACUGGAUUCCAACCAACUGGAGGAUCCCUUUCAAUUCCACCGGGUUUAACUGAAGCUCAACUAAGGGCCGGAGAAGCUGCUGCAAGAUCAGGUGCUCCAUUUGUGCCAACAGGAUACUUACCACCACAAGCACCAGCUUCAAGAAUACCAAUAAUUCCUGCAGGAAUUCCUUCUGGCAUUCCAGCAGCCGGUACUCCAAUUACAACAUACAGUAUUGGUACAGGAUCAGUAAAAACAUAUCUUCCACCGAACGAUCGAAAAAAAUAUGGAUAUAUCUAUGAUACAAUAUAAAUUUCAAACAAGUAUUAAAUUAAUAAAAAUUUCCAAAAUAAUA